AUGUUAGGCAAAUUUAGGGGCGCAUUGUGGGUUUUAUCGGUAGAAGUAGGUUAUUGUAAGAAACUAGCCUUCGAUAAACUCAUCCUAUUUUCAACAGGAUUGAAACUGAAUGUUUGCAAAGGACCCGACAGAAACAAAACAUGCACGCAAAACGACCAGAAAGUCUCGUACGCCAUACCACUAGAAAUUAUCUACCUCACACCCUUAAACAAUUGGAACCCACACAACCUCACUUACAAGGGAGACGAACGCCUCGACCAUGGAAAAACGGUGACUGCCGACGGCCGCAAUGGCGGAAAAACGAAAACGAAAGCUUAUGAUGGUGUCAACAGCAAAAUCUAUUAUAUUACACCCAAUAGGUUUUUCACGGGAAACGAAACCAAUGUCGACGCCGCUGACACGACAAAAGACUUGGUAGGGGUGUUAGACCCGACCGGAGAAGUGAGACAGGUUCGCGCCUCCGGUGUACGAAUCUUCCUGCCCGAUAUUCCAGGAGUAGGCAUUCUUAGACAAAGGUAUAGUGAUAGAUGAUUUAACCUAGGGUGAGGGGGAGGGGGGAGGGUCAGUGGCCCAAAUAUUAGGUGGGGGACGAUUCAGUUUGACUUUACCAAAUUUCGCACCUUCUUCCGGUGGCUAGACCUCCACAGAAAACAGUUUAGAACAGAUUUGAUAUAAUUAUCCAGUAUAAAGUAAGUUAAUUUAUAAUUCUUAUAUGGUAACACUCGUAGAUAUCUUAUAUACACUAGAUAGCGCAUCUCUGUUAGUAAAAUUGAAGCCAAAAAUAUUCCAGCGGUUACCCCCAUUGGAAUAGAUGGCGGCCAUGUUGGAGUUUCCCACUCGCUAAUAAACGCUUAAAAAACAACAAUAACUUUCAUCAUUUGAAUAGUUUGAAAGUGUAUUUGGAAUAGGUUUAUCUUAAUGUUUAAGUUCCCUGCUUAAGAAAUAGAAAACAUACGAAUCUUUUCAUUUCAUGGGAAUAUCCUGAGUCUGCAAUCAUGGCUUCAAUUUUUUAAUUGCAGAGUAAUUAGAUGCACUAUCUAGUGUAUAUAAGAUAUCUAUGGUAACACUAUAGAGUUCUAGGAAGAGCAGCUUAGAACUGAUAGAAAUAUCCGGUGUAAAUAAAGUUAGUUUCACAUAAAAUCAGUCAGAGUGUUUACCAGAUUUAAAAAGUUAAUUUAGUUUAGGUUUCAACACUGGAUAAAUAAAAAGUAGCUCUUUCGUUGUGUUUAUCAAAUUUAAAAAGUUAGUUUAGGUUUCAACACUGGAUCAAUAAGGAAUGGCUCUUUCGUUGAAUUUCUAGAUACAACAUUAUAGGACUGAUAUAGCCAAGCCUUACGUCGAUAUUUCGUAUUCCACAGGUACCCCAUUAUGCCGAUACAUGUUGAAGGAAGCACGGCGUGGAAAGAGAUACAGGCUGUUGGAGAUUUCCUGAUGGAAUCUAAGAAGCAUGCGAACCUUUUCCGAGAUCCAUUGUCAGGACAAGAUGGUGGACAAUAUCCACCAGAGGUAAACACCGAUACAGAUUUACGAACUGGGAGUUCUACGAAUCUAACAAAAGUUGGUCGUCAUCGUCACGAAGUCAUACUGGACAAAGACGAAGUGACCAUAAUCAAAUCUGGUGGCAACGUUACCGUGGUUACGACGGAAAACAGCGGGCACCAGCAUACGGUUACGAUCAAGUGGCAUAAAAAAAAAGGGUUCUAUAUGGCGCUCUGCGAUUCCACGGAGAUAACACGCCCCUUUGCUGUGAAAUGUUGGGAUAAGCAUUCAGCAAGGAUGGCUGCGGUACCGAAUGAGUAAAUGCGCACGUCAGUACGUGGUUGCUAAGGGAAACGUAUUGUAGACUUAGAUGGAAUGGAAUGUAUGUAAGAGUUUCCCUUUAAAAUAAAUACAUGCUGUUCAACCACAAC